GUGACGUCGGUCCUAUUCUGAAACGCAUCAUCUGGCAACCCAUCUCAGUUCCUCUCCAGCGAAGCUAAGCUAUAUCACUACUGCGUUUCCCAUCACUGCUGGAUAGAGCACUAAAGCCCUUGGAUCAACGCGCAAAUAUAGUGCGGGGAAAAUAUAUUAAACAUCUCAGGGGUGUAACAGAGGAGGGAAGGUGCACUCAGGAUGGUCACCAUUCCAGAGUACUACGAGGGGAAAAAUGUUCUCAUCACAGGGGCCACAGGCUUUAUGGGGAAAGUACUUCUGGAGAAGCUGCUACGCUCCUGUCCCGGUGUCAAAGCUGCCUAUGUGCUUGUCCGACCCAAAGCAGGACAGGCACCCGAUGCCCGUAUCGCUGACAUGAUCAACUGCAAGCUUUUUGACAGGCUGCGGGAGGAGCAGCCUGAUUUUGCAGAGAAGAUCAUGGCAGUCAACAGCGACCUGAUGCAGCCAGAUCUGGAUCUGAGCACGAAAGACCAGGAGACCCUCACGGGCUGCGUUAACAUUGUGUUUCACUGCGCUGCCACUAUCCGCUUCAACGAGCCUCUGAAAGAUGCCAUGCAGUUGAAUGUGCUGGCCACGCAGAAGAUGGUUAGCUUGGCUCACAGAAUGAAGCAUUUGGAGGUGUUCAUCCACGUGUCCACAGCAUACGCCCACUGUGACCGAGAGCUCAUCGAAGAGGUGGUCUAUCCACCACCUGUCGAUUACAGGAAGCUUAUAGACACACUUGAGUGGAUGGACGACAAACUUGUCUCUUUAAUAACACCAAAGCUGUUAGGUGAGCGGCCUAACACAUACACGUACACUAAAGCCUUGGCAGAGCACCUCGUCCAGCAGGAAUGUGGAAACCUCAAUAUCGCCAUCGUCAGGCCCUCUAUAGUCGGUGCCAGCUGGAAGGAACCGUUUCCCGGCUGGAUUGAUAAUUUCAAUGGCCCUAGCGGGAUAUUCAUCGCUGCAGGGAAGGGGAUUCUACGAACAAUGAGGGCUUCAAAUAGCGCUGUCGCUGACCUUGUGCCAGUCGACGUGGUCAUAAACACCACUUUGGCCGCUGCCUGGUAUUCCGGUUCCCAGAGGCACGCUAGGUCGGACAAACACUCAAACACCAACAGGCCGAGAAAUAUGUUGGUGUACAACUGCACAACGGGCGGGAUCAAUCCUUUUCACUGGGGUGAAGUUGAGUACUGCAUAAACAUGACGUUCAAGACCAACCCCUUAGAACAGGCUUUCAGACGCCCCAAUGUUAACCUGCGAUCCAACCCUUUUACCAAUCAGUACUGGACCACAGUGAGUCACACCCUUCCUGCCCUGCUGUAUGACGGGUUUCUCAUGUUGACGGGUCAGAAGCCCCGGAUGAUGAAGACAAUUACUCGGUUGCACAAGGCCAUGAUGGUGCUGGAGUACUUCACUAGCCACUCGUGGGUGUGGAACACGGACAACGUCACCAUGCUCAUGAACCAGAUGGGAGCUGAGGACAAGAAGGUAUUUAACUUUGACGUCAGGCAGUUACACUGGGCAGAAUACAUGGAGAAUUACUGCAUGGGCACUAAGAAGUAUGUUCUCAACGAAGAGUUGUCAGGACUCCCAGCGGCACGCAAACACUUGAACAAGCUGCGGAACAUUCGCUAUACUUUCAACACCAUCUUGGUAGUUUUGAUCUGGCGCAUCUUCAUCGCCCGUUCACAGAUGGCCAGAAACAUCUGGUACUUCGUCGUCAGCUUGUGCUUCAAGUUCCUCUCCUAUUUCAGAGCCUCCAGCACCAUGAGAUACUGAAUCCACCCCAACUGUCCUCCCCCCCCCCCCCCUCUCCCGAUGGCUAUGCACACACUCCUGCUUUGCGACACUCCGGACUCUGAGGGUCAAGCGUUCGGGCAUAGUAUCCGCUAUCCUCCCCUCCCGCGCAGGUGCGCCCUCAACAUCACGGUGCAAGUGCACUCAACUGCUAUGUAGAAAGCAUGAAUUUUCAGGGCUCGAGGUCUAAGCUCUCUCAGCACAAUGAGAGCGACUGCAUUUGUGCCGAGCGUGUUUAAGCACUUACUGUACCUGUUCCACCUCCUGAACGCAAACAGGUUGUGGGCGACGCUUGAUUAUUAUGGUUUACAUACUUGCUCAUGCUUGUUGCCGGCAAUGGUCCCUUUCCAACUGUAAUCAACGAAGCACAAAGAGAAAAAAUGAGAUGGCUUUGUCUCAGCUCUGUGCCUACAAUUCAAAAAUGAUCUUCAUCAUGUGCCCAGUGUCUUUGUUAAAUUCAUCUCUUUUGCCUUACUUCUUUCCAAUGCCUCUUACCCUCUUCAAGACAAAGGUAAUUGACUUGUCACCAAAUAAUCUUAAGUGUCUGAUUCCAGGCCUUAUGUUUGUCUUUACACAUUCUUCUUUAGUCAAUUCCAUGUCAUCUUGAAAUAUAUUUUUGCUAGUUGACCUUAGGUUGGGGGUUUCUUGUUUUUGUGAAAGCAAUCAGUCGCUUUUAUUCAAUCAGAUAUUAAUGAAGCAGGCUUGUCCGUUUUCCUAAAAAAAAAUGCUAGAAAACGCAAGCCUCGGGUUUUCACACGCUUAAACCUGUUGCCUUUUAUGAAUAAUGAGCCUCAUUAAUAAACAUGAGCAGAACGGUUUUGAAUCGCUGUUGAUGUUUAACGAACAAUUUACAGUUUCGUUCCGCUCAAGUUUCAUGAAUGAAGCGCGAUUAUUGUCUCGCCAUAACUUAUUAGUGUUCAGGUAAUGGACGUUUGUACAUAAAACAUGUUAUAUUUUGCGUAAAUCGCUAAAGCUGUCUGAGAAAACCGAAUAUGUCGACUUUCAAAACUCGCGUAUAAGCUUUACGCUAAUUUAUAGCGUCUUUACGUUCUUCAGCGCUUCGAUUCCAUAUCAGAGGGUGAUGGUUCAUUUUAACUGGAUUAUGUGUUUUUCUUUCCUUUUUUCACCCGAUUUAUUCUGUGACCUGUAUGAAUGUUGAUGUAAUGUGAAAGAGCUAAUGGAUGUAUGUUUUCUAAACCAUUUCUGUACUUCUUUUGAGAUAAAACACUGUAAUUUAACAUUGUCUGCUACCAAGUGUUUUCCAUGAUUGAGAUAAAUAGGAAGUGGUUGUUUAUGACAAGUGAAAAGAAGAGAUGCAAAAGCUGCUUUUAUGGUCACUCGUGCUUCGGAUCACAAUUAAUGUCAAGUUACGUACCAGCCGAACUCUUUGCACAGCUUAAUAUAAUACCAGGAAAUGCUAGUUGAUGGCUCGUUACUAACUGUGUGGAUUAUAGAUUAACUAUUCUGUCUUUUAUAUUAACAGUUAAACUGAUAAAAAAAUUAUCCCUGCCUUCAUUUCAGCGCAUCUGUAUUUUUAUGUGGGAGUUUGAGUGGAAUAGUGAUUUUUGAAAACAAGUUAUGUGUAUUCAGGGCCUAUCAAGAGUAUUUUUUUUUUUUUACCCCAAAAUAGGGUAAAAUAAAGGAAAGAUAUAUUGCAAUGUAAAGUAUAGUAGUCAUCUUAUCUUUGUAGUUUUCUUUGUGAUGGGUAAAAUUAGGCAUCAUUGGUAUUUUUGUCAAAGAUCACUUCAUGUUUCAUUUCCCUCAGCAUUUUAUAAAGCUAAUAUUAUCAUUUCCCCUUCUUUGGUCAUUAUAAAAUGUAAGAUCAAGUCUUGACAGGACACGUGUAGUUUGUUUCCCUUUCUUUCCAUUUUGUCUGCCUUAUUUAUAUGUACUGUUCUUUUUGUUUUUUGUUAAUGAUCUAAAAUGUUUUUUGGGAAAAUUGUAAUUGCCACAUUAAAAAGUCAGUGGAGGGUUAAAAAAAAAUCAAUGGGUGCCUUUCGUUUGUAAACCAAAAGAAAUAAAGAAUAAACUAUGUGAACUUA